GCGUGCCGGGAGGUGGCAGAGUGGCCGAGGCGGAUACGCAUGCGUGGUGGGCGGAGCUCGGCUCUUUUUACCAAUAUUACCAGCCCGGCUCUGGCCAUCCCUGCCUAGCCGGGGCUGGUGCUUUCGCACUGCGUGCUGGAGAGUCGCUGCCGCAGCGCGAGUGGCCGUUCAGUGUUCGGGUCGCCAUGGCAGGUUACGAAUACGUGAGCUCGGAGCAGCUGGCUGGCUUUGAUAAGUACAAGUACAGCGCUGUAGAUACCAAUCCACUCUCUCUGUAUGUCAUGCAUCCAUUUUGGAACACUAUAGUAAAGGUAUUUCCUACUUGGCUGGCUCCAAAUCUGAUAACUUUUUCUGGCUUUCUGCUGGUUGUAUUCAAUUUCCUACUUCUGGCAUACUUUGAUCCUGACUUUUAUGCUUCAGCACCAGGUCACAAACAUGUUCCUGGCUGGGUGUGGAUUGUGGUGGGCAUCCUCAACUUCGUUGCCUACACUCUAGAUGGUGUGGAUGGAAAGCAAGCCCGCAGAACCAAUUCCAGCACCCCGUUAGGGGAGCUUUUUGACCAUGGCCUAGACAGUUGGUCAUGUGUUUACUUUGUUGUCACUGUGUAUUCCAUCUUUGGACGAGGACCUUCUGGUGUCAGUGUUUUUGUUCUUUACCUGCUGCUAUGGGUUGUUUUGUUUUCUUUCAUCCUGUCCCACUGGGAAAAGUAUAACACAGGAGUUCUUUUCCUGCCGUGGGGAUACGACAUUAGCCAGGUGACUAUUUCUUUUGUCUACAUAGUGACUGCGAUUGUGGGAGUUGAGGCCUGGUAUGAACCUUUCCUGUUUAAUUUCUUAUAUAGAGACCUAUUCACUACAAUGAUUAUUGGUUGUGCAUUAUGUGUGACUCUUCCAAUGAGUUUAUUAAACUUUUACAAAAGCUAUAAAAAUAACAGCUUGAAACACAAUUCGAUCUAUGAAGCUCUGGUCCCCUUCUUUUCUCCAUGUUUGCUAUUCAUUUUGUCUACAGCCUGGAUUCUCCAGUCACCUUCCGAUAUUUUAGAGAUGCAUCCUAGAGUAUUCUACUUUAUGGUUGGAACAGCCUUUGCCAAUAUCACAUGUCAGCUGAUUGUUUGUCAAAUGAGCAAUACCAGAUGUCCAACUUUGAAUUGGUUGCUGGUUCCUCUCUUCUUGGUUGUCGUGGUGGUAAACUUAGGAGUCGCCUCUUAUAUUGAGAGCAUUCUCCUAUAUACAAUAACAGCUGCUUUCACUCUGGCCCACAUCCAUUAUGGAGUACGAGUGGUAAAGCAACUGAGCAGCCAUUUUCAGAUUUACCCGUUCUCAUUGAGGAAACCCAACUCAGAUUGACUAGGAAUGGAAGAAAAGAACAUUGGCCUGUAAUCUACAGAAAGAAGUACUGUAAAUACGAUGCUUGUAAAUAUUUCAUCUAUCACCAUUGGACUAAACUGAUCUGCUUAACAGACAUGGGAACUCUGUGUGUGGUACUUGUACAGCAAGAAUGAUAUAUAUAAUCUGAAAUGUGGAAUUUUGAACCUACUAACUCCCAUCUUAUUUUAUUUUUUAUUAAACCAUGUGAUGUUUUGGUGAAGCCUAAUGUACAUUAGACCAGCAAAUGUUUUUUAGUGAUUUUAACCUCAUGAGUCCAUAAUGUUUUUGGUUCAUACAGAGUUAAAAAUGCUUUAUUUUUAUUAUUUAAAACACCCCCAAAUUGGUUUAAAACACUGAUGAUGUUCAGAAAACCACAAUAUGUUUUCAUAUUUGGUACUUAGUAAGAGGCCGUUGGCUCUGGAAGCUAUCAGUAGUCCACAUCCAACAUCAGGAAGAGAGAAGAGCAAGUCACCUUCAGCAAGAGAUGCCAAAUGAUUACAGAACAAUAUGACGGUUUGCCAAUAUACUGGUUUCUCUUUCCCAUGGAAAUGCCUUUGUCCUCCUGUGCUAAGAGAGCUAGGAUAUAUGUUUAGAUUCUCUAAUACUCUGGCUCUCUUUGUUAGGGAGCAGAGCGUGGUAAAUGGUUUAGUUUCCUUUUAAAGGAAAACAUUCUAUUGAGACUCAGUAGAGAGUGGAUUGUAACUGUAGCUCACCCAUGGGCAUGGUUCAUUGUUUCAGUGUGGCAUUUCCCACCUCAGCUAUAGUUGCUGAGAUUUGGUGCCUGAGAACUGAUUAAGUGAAUGCAUGUGCCAGUGUGAGUCUGAUGGUGGUGACUUGCAAGGAGCACAGGUGAACUUCCUUCUUGGAGAAAUGGACUUUGGAGUCAGGGUUCUCACGAGCCUCACUAUGAAAUGACUGCUGUGAACCUACUACAAAGUUAGUUUUGUAAUUCAGUUUGUCCUUCCUUCCUUCCUCUCUGCCUGUGGAGGAGCGAGUGCUAUAUUUUUUAUUUUAUUCAGGAUAAAGAAGAAGAGAGAAACCCUCUCUUCUCCAGCUUGCCCACCUUCCCACUUGAAGAAAUUUUUUUAAUAUAUGCCUUACUGAGUAUGUAUUCUCUUUAAUAAUUCCUGGAACAAUUUUUGAGGUUUACGGACAAGCAUCAAAAUCUCUUUGACUUUAAUGUGGUUGUUCGCUAGAUCACACCUUUCCGUGAAUGUAGAUAUUUUCUUCUUCUUCUUCUUCUUUUUUUUUUUACUUUGUCUCCAUUUACUUUGGUGGUGGUGAAAUUUACUCCCUGAUUUUCUUUUAUUUUUCACUGAAUGAAGUUUGUGCUUGAAUGAAGAGUGUAUCUUAAACCCUUUUUUUGGAUGGAUUGCACUUGGAUAAAAUAGGCACCACUGUGUUGAUAUGUAAUUAAGUUCAUAACCAUUAUUUAUCUAGGAAUGUGACCAUUUUAAAAUUUAAUUAUAUAGUGUAUUUCUUGGUUGAAUGUCUGUCUGCUGCUUUGUAAAAAUAACUAUGUAAUUGAUAUUUCAGUUCCUAAAUUUGCAAAUUCUAAUUGUCAUCUAGGUCAUUAGACAUGAAGAGUCAAAGAGCUGAUCUCAUGGUUCUGUACUCAUUUUUAAAAAUGUUUGUAAAGGUUGAGGUAUAUUCAGUGACUUUCUCUGAAACAGAAAUGAACACCGAAAAUAGGUGAGAAAUUGAUGCUGGAAAAUGUGGGUAGUGAUUCCAUGUUUGUUGAUAAGUUGUCAUCAUAGAGGUCAGAGAAUGAAUUAGUUAAGUGAGGGGAAUGCUCUUUUCAGUAGACCUUGUUCUGUGUCAUCUGUAAAAUUGAACUGGAGAAAGUGUUCUCUUGGGCCGGGAACAGAGCUUUGCUUCAAGGUUUCUGAGCUAAUCAUUUCACUGUUUUGUUGACCUUGUACACAAGAACGAGGUUCAUCUGUCCUAGCUCAGAAAGGAACUGAUAAAUAUUUAUAAAAUGAUACAUUUGGACCACAGGCUUUCUUCACCUUCUAGUAUAGUGAGAAAAUACCUCUUACUUCUGGCAUAAGGUCAUGUCCUGUCAUUUGGGGGCUAUUACCUCAAAGUGUGUUUCUGCUCUCUUUCUGUUGCAUCAAGUUCGUUUGGAAAUUGUUUUGUGCCUAUACUUUAUGACUUAUUUCCCUGUGGUGGUAAAGAAUGGUGCCAUCGUCAUUUUUUUUGACAUCCUUAGAUGAAAGAAAGGUGACUGUCAGCAAGGUGAAUGUGAAACUGUGAUGAACGGUCUCAGAACAUCGUGAACUGUGUUUCUGGAGUGUACUGCUGACUCGUGUCCUUGGUGUAGUCGGCCAUCUUCAAGUGCAUCUUGAAAGUCCCCAUGUGUUAGGUAGUGAUGGGGUGCCUGAAGCAGGACUUAGUUACAAGUAGCUCUGUGCAUUUAUGUCAUGCCAAUUAUCACGACAUUUCCAAAGUAUAAAAGAUAUUUCAGGCUUAUGCAUGAUAUUUGGGGUGAGUUCACACCUCAGCCUUUCUCCCAGCAUACACUGAGCUGCCUUUUGGGGGAGCAGUGGGAUGGUUGGUCACCCCUACAUGCUUUCAGUACUUUUCAGAAUAGAGUGCCUUAGCCAGGCCAGAGGUGUACUUUGUGUUUCUACUGACCAAAGUUACCUAGACCUGUAAGAGAAGCUUCUUUUCAGGUUACGGUAUGAAAAAUGCCCUUUCUUGCUUGUCAGAAAAGAAUUCCCCUGUAUUUGAGGGGGGGGGGGAGGGGCACAAGAUAGAAAAAUUAGAAAAUACCUGGAUACAGAAUGUUAAUGCUGCCUUUUGUGAACUUUAAUAACAUGAUCUUCACAAUUUAAAUUUGUUACAUUUUAAAUCGUCAUUUCUCCAAUAACAUGUAAUGAAUACAGUUUAUGGGUUUUAGUCUUAAGGGUAAUAGAGUAACUUCCAAGUAGAAAACUAAAUGAUCUUCCUUGAUAUUUAAUAAUAUCAUGGUUAAUUCUAAUUUAAUUCUAAUUUAAAACUACUUUUAAUUCCGAUUUUAAAAGAAAUGCUGAUGAUGGUCUAGAUUUGUUAUGUACUACUACCAACAUGUCACUUAUUUUAAUAUAGCGCUAUUAGGAGAGGAAUGUAUCUCUAGAGUUGCCCAAAUUCCAAAUUAGAUACCAAAAGACCAUUGACCAUGGUCUGGAACCUGGGCAUUGGGGGAAUAUGCAAAGGAAAAAAACAUGCGUCAGACCUACUUGAAGGGAUAGUAGGGAUCACCUUAAUGCCUAAUGCCCAUGGUGCCCAAUGGUAUAAGUGUAACGCACAUUUUAAAAUUGUCACAAGAUAGCUCAUCAUCCCUCCACUAAUUUUAGAUUCAAAUGUGAAUUUGAAAGUUUCCUAAUUGUUUAAUUUACAAAGAAUUAGCGUAUGUUGUAGUCAGUCCUAAAGGAUUGGGAGUGUACCUUGCUGUCCAAAGCAGCCUUGGAUUCUGUGACCGAUGGAGAAUGAAAAGAUCAACUGGAGGUGUUUGAUCAAAGGCCACUUUCCCCCUUACAUUUUAACGAGAGGUCUAUUUGUAACUCUUCCUCUCCAGCCUUCACCUGGGUUUCAUUUCAACUAGCCACUGCCUAGGACAGAGAUGCCCACUUGCUGUGUUGCCCCAGAUCUUGCCACAUUCAGACCUCCUUGAUUUGCCUUUAGAAAUCUUGUCCAUCAGUCAAGGACUGGGAACGUGCCAGAGGGAACAAAUAAACCCGAUGGGCUAGAACGGUGACGUUGGGUUCCCAAAUAAGCCAAAAGCAGGAACAGAAAUUUUUGGUGGUGUUGAUUCCUCUGUUCGGAGCGGCCUUUACCUUGACCUCAGUUCUGGACUCGCUUGAGCACUCUUGUUGAUAGGAAAUGUUGAAGCCAGACUAGCAUCUUCUUUGUCCUGUGAGAUUUCUUUGUGAGGCAGCAUGCCCUUUCUUGAACACCCUGUGGGUGAACAACCUUGUUAUGUUAGCUGCCAGUACCAGAGCCUUCCAGGAAUUUUAACUAGUAUGCUGCAUUUGAAGCACUUUGACAUGUAUAUUUAAAGUGACAGUUUUAACAAUAAAAUGGUGUUAAAUUAAUCACUGUGAAACUCGAAGGUGUGAAGCUCUACAUUUUAGGAAGCUGAAGUAGAUUCCGAUUUUCCUUAAUUAAUUAUGAAAUGUGAUUUGUAUAUUUUACUUUUCAUCUUGGACAGUGGUUCAGAUGACUGACAUGUUGGCAGGCAGCUACUGUUAGGGUCUUGGUAAAUCAUGGUGGUUUAACUUUUCCAGAGAAAGUGGCGAUGUGUUUACCUUUUCCUUGCACGGAGCCGUGGGAAUUGGGUUUAUUGGCUCAUUCAUUUCCAGUGUUUCUAAGUGCAAAAUAAAUGUCACCUUUUUAACCUG